AUGAACACCUUCUAUUUACAGCGACGCGGCUCACUCUCAGAAAACAUUGUAAAGCACACCGAACCGAAACCCAGCAGAAGUGCACCCGUCACCCCCUGCGACAGCGCCAACCCCUGGUCCAACCCGGAAGACGACAAGGCAUACUAUUCUGACAAAGGCUACUCGCGAUCUGACAAAUACGAGGUACAGGAAUACACGCGGUCAGACAAAGCGAGUUACGAGGCGUCAGUCGAGGGGGUUUGGUGGUGGCGUCGACCCCUGGGGGUGAGGCACUCCGCGUGCCGCUCGUGCGGGGCGUCAUCUUCUACGAGACCGCUGCAGCUGGCUUCGCCCCCGGCCACUUAUGACUACGACCAGCGCCCCAUCUCCUCCGGCGACCGCCCCCUUAACUUUAUUAGGCAGUUGUUUCUGUAA